UGCACCAGGUACCAAUUUACACAUAUUUUGGGGAUGCCCCUCAGUGGCACAUUUUCGGUCUACAGCAGCCUCUCCAGUCUGCUUGGGGCGGCUGUGCCUACUGUACUGUACAUCUCCCUCCCUAUUUGUAUUACCUGCUGAUUCAGGAUUACAGCUGUCAAUCAUUGAAUAGUUCUAGCAGGCAUUACUGCAGCAAACAUUCUGUCCCUGUCAGUAUUACAGAAUCUUGGCAAUACACAUUCAGAGGUCAUUUCUUUCUGGAGCGAACUACAGCAAAAAAUUUGUCUUGAGAAGAUAAUACUGUAUCUUGGAUGUUGGCUCCAGCUGCAGUGGUCAAAGUAAUAUUAUAGUACACAAUGUAAUUAAUGUUAUGUAGACUUUUGCUAUGCUAUUAUUUAUUUAUUUAUUUAUUGCAUUUAUAUAGCGCUUUUUAUACAAAAUUAUCGCAAAGCACUGUACAGUACAUAGCAGAAAAAAAGAACAAACCACAAUACAUUUCACAAUGCAUGUCACACAUACAACUGCCAUAAUCAGACCAUUUAAAUAACAGAUUUAAAUAACAGUAUACACAUAAUACAAAAGCAACAAUCUUAAAGUUACAUUAAAACCCAGUAAGAUAAGAAAGCAUUUUUAGUCUUGACUGGAAAACUAUAAAGGUCCCAGCUUCCCUGACAAAUGAAGGCAGAGCAUUCCAUAAUUUAGGAGCUCCACAAGAAAAAUCCCUACAUCCUGUGUUGCUUUAGUUGACCCUAGGAAUAACCAGCAGCCCUGCAUCCUGUGAUCUCAGAGUGCAGUUUGGAAGAUAAGGGGUAACUCCUGCAAAUAACUAGGUGCUAAUCCAUUCAGGGCAUUGUAAGUUAACAGCAAAGUCUUAAAAUCUGUUCUAUACUGCACAGGGAGCCAGUGUAAAGAGGCCAAAAUGUGUAAUAUGUUCACUUUCCCUAGUUUUAGUCAGAAUUCUAGCGGUGGUACUCUGAACAAGCUGCAAGCGGGAUACCGCACGUUUUGGGACACCAGAAAAAAAGUGCAUUACAAUAAUCAAUUCUAGAUUAAACAAAGGCAUGCAUUGUGUUUUAUUUAUUUAUUUCCCUUUACUAUCUUUUUUUUAGAAAGGAAACAAUAGAUUACAUUGGGGUUCAUUACCCAGCAUCCUGUUCAAGAGAAGAAGUGAUACUCAGGAUUUAUUUGAAUGCUUGGAUAUUUCUUCUAAAUCAGGUGUCUGUAGAAAGGGAAUCUGUAAAACUGGACUUUCCCGUCUGUCUUGAAUUUCUGCCAAAACAAUGAAGCUUAGCAAUGAUUGGUAACCCAGCGUAAACACUAUAAAUAGAAGAGAUCUUUCUACUCUGCACUUCAUUUGAAGUUCUCAAGACAACAGAGUCCAGAAUCCAAAAGAAACUCUAACAAUAACAGCAAUGAACUCCACAGCCGUCCUCUUUGCUGUUUUUCUCUUGUUUGCAGCUGUUGAAGGCUCCCCACUUUACAACAAGGGCCGUUGCCGCUGCAUUGGGAGCAGUGCUGACUUUAUACAUUUAAAACGCAUUGAGAAGUUUGAAGUGAUACCAGCAUCCCCAAUGUGUCAGCAGAUAGAGAUUGUUGUUACAAUGAAGGACACUGCAGAGGAAAGGUGCAUGAAUCCCAAGUCAAAGCAGGCACAAAACAUCAUCAGCAACUUGCUAAAGAAAAGGUCCUCACAGAAGUAAAACCACCGAGGCAAUCCCAAAGCAAUUCUGAUGUGACCCACAGACAAUUCUUCAGGAAGCUCUAGGGUUCUUUAAAGUCCCAGUUGUCAUGGUUACUGUUUCAGCCCAGUCUAAGAUUUUUUCCCCCCCAAGUAUUCAUUUUGAAAACAAAUGUGUGACAGUUUGUUUUUAGUUUGAAACAUUAGGCAUUGUAUUUUGUCAUAUAAAAAAAUGUUUGUGUUACUGUACCUUAAUAUUAUAGUACAGUAUACAGAUAGAAUCUAGUGAAUGACUGCAUUUUUUGGUAUCUCAUCUGGGAUCCUGUUCAAAAAAACAAAAGCACAUUAUACCUUUUUAUAAAGGAAUCUGUUCAGACCUGUGCUGAAUUACUAUACAGUACAUCAUUUGUAACAUAUGUACAGUUGUAUGCAUUGUGUAAAUACACUUUUGUUGUUUGUGUUUUAUGUAAAUAUAAUGUACUUCUAACUUAUCAUGUUCAUAAUUAACUGCUAAUGAACCUGUUUUAAAAUGUUGAAAAUAUGUAAAUAAAUGACUGA